AUGCUAACAAGUGAAGCUAACCCUAAUCCUGAAAAGCUAUCAUCUACAGUCCUCGAAAAAGACUUUUGGCUUACAGAUGAGCAUAUUGAUCAUGCUCAAUGGUUACUGCAGCAGCACUUUGCAGGGAGUAACGGCUUGCAUUCUGUGCUGGCUUUUGAAGGGAAAACCCCCAAAAUUCAGAGAGGACAAAAGGAGUUUGUUCAAAUCAUUAAUGUUGGAAGAAAACAUUGGGUAACUGUCACAAAUAUUGGAUGUGAAGAUAACGUUGUCAAAGUAUAUGACUCUAAGUAUAUAGAGUUGCCAGAAAAGGACAGAAAGAAAUUUUACCUGUGUUUGGCAGCAUUACUAAACACCAGUUACCCGAACAUGACAAUUGUGUGGCCAUCAAUGCAGAAUCAGAAAGGCUGUUCUGAUUGUGGCCUUUUUGCUGUUGCGGUUGCUUUCAGUCUUCUCAUCGGAGAAGAUCCUAGUACACAAGCCUAUGACCAGAAGACGAUGCGAGUGCACCUUGCCAUGUGCUUCCAGGUUGGAGAGUUGGCCCAAUUCCCUGUCAAUGCAUCAGUUUUACCCAUGCAACAUGAAAGGAAGGAAGUUGUCGAACUGUUUUGUCACUGUAGAAUGCCAUAUAGUGGUUCAUUCAUGAUCGAAUGUGCAACUUGUGCCGAAUGGUUUCACCGAUCUUGUGAAAAUGUGCCAAGGAAAGUUAAUGCCAAAACUAUAUUUUGUUGUGCCAAUUGUAAAUAG